AUGUCAUCAAGACUGGGCCUAUACGCGCGCCCCACAGCCGGCAGGAGACUUCUCUCAUCAACGCCCUUUCUGCGCAAUGCUGAAAAGCCGAGCGGGUACAAGGAAACCAUGGGGAAAUACAAAACAUUCAUGGGACCGUUCGGCAAGGUCUUUCUCGGGGCUGUCCUUACGUAUCAGAUUAUUUAUUGGAGCUGGUUGAAGCUUGAGAUGGAUGAGUCGAAGCUUGAGAAGAAUGAAGAAAUGACUGGGCUGGAGAAGAAGGCUCGCGAUCUUGUCGCGGCGCAGAAAUGA